CUCGCUCGCUCCGGUCCAGGAAGAGGGAAUGUCCCACUGAUGAAAUCUCAGAGCCUGAUAAUGUUCAGGCUACUCUUCAUCAACAGGACACUGAAGGAAAUAAUCCAGCAGUGGAUGCCACACUGCUGCAGCGCCACCAGUCUCCUCUCCAGGAAUCUACGACAGUUUCAACUGAACAGUUUGAGGCAGCAGAAGAGUCCAAACUAGAUCCUGACACAGAAGAAAAAAAUGCAGAAGCAACAAGUGAUAACUUAAAAAAUGUGACCGUUAAAGCUUCUGAAGAGCAAGAAGAGAUGACCGUCACUAAUCCCAACAAUGAUUCUCAGCCGGAGAGCUUCAGAGAACAUGCUGAGAACCAAAAGGAGGAUUUGACUGUUGGGGAAGGAAACGGAUCAGCAUCUCAAACAUGCACCGAUCCAGUCCAGGUCUUCCUGCCGGUCUCUGAAGAGGAUGGAGCUGCUUUGGAGGAGCAACUGAGUUCAAAGGAGAACUCUCAGUGUAAUCUGGAGAAAAAACAAAAAGCCAGCCAAGAAGAAUCUAGCAAUGUUCACAUGGCUGAUGUCAAGGAAAUGACAAAAGAGGCAGCAGCAGCAGGAGGACCGGCCAAAAAGAAGAGAAGGAUGGGUAUGUGUGGUCUGACAGAGAGGGAGAGGAGUCACUUUUUACAGACACAGAAACGAGAAAAUGGACACAAUGGAGCAGAGAGAGUUGUGAGGCAGAUCUGUACUAACACAGAGGACCACGAGGCUCAGGAAGAGGUUCAACCUUCACCGUCCAUCCCAGUGAGCAGCGUCACAGAGCAGGACGAGGCAGCGGUAGAACAUCAGUCCAGCAGCUGUGGAGAGGACGACAGGGCAGAACCUGAAGUCCACAUGGCUGUCACUGACUCGGAUGGGAGCAGCUCAAAGGGAGAGAGUGGUGAGGGUGGAGGUGAACUAACUGGUGAACCAAAGUCAGAGCCACCUGCAGAGGAGGAGGAAGAGGAGGAGGAGGAGGAGGAGCUCUUUGGGAACCAGCAGCAGCAGGAACUGGAGGGACACAGAGAAGCUCAGGAACCAGUGAAAGACACAGAAGUCGAGUCAGCAGUAGUAGAACAAUGUCCUGUUUUAACUUCUUACUCUAAUCAAACUGAAAAUGAGCAAACUGAGAACAGGGCUGCAGCUGAGGCUGCUCUCCUGCUGGUUACUGGGACCAGUGAUAAGAAGGAGGAAGAGUUAACUGGUGGUGCUGGGAGCAGUGACGGAGCUGAAGGUGCUUCAUCCUCAGACAGCCGGUCAGGAGGAUUCAGCCCAGAGGAGAGGAAACACAGAUGUGAUGCUGAUGGUGUCCCAGGUGCCGAUCCUUCUGCUUUGAACGCUCAGACCAGGGACUCCAGCGACCCGUUUGGAUCUGGAAACCUGGAUUACGUGUCAGACUCGCAGCUGAACACCAUCUUUCUGACUGAGGAAGAGGAGAUGGAGAGGGAGGAAGAUGAUUCUCCAGACGGUCCUGAAGAUGCUACAGAUCUGAUCUGUGGCCUCAUCAGAGAACUUUCCUCUCUAAAUCGUAAGGUGAUGGCCGCUCACAGAGAGCUGGAGAAUCUGCGCCGCAGCAGUAAAAGUUCAAGGAGCGCCACACGUUGAGGAUCUGUACCAAGUCUCCUGUUGCACCAAUGGUUUGUGGGUAAUUAAGCCGCUCGUGUUGCCGUACAAAUGUUUUAAUGUACCACUGUUCAACUAUUUUCACUCUUCCUGUAUUGAUAACAGCCAACAUGUUCAGUGUAAUGGCUGAGUUGUUCUGAUUCUCCCUAAAUAAAGCAAACU